AUGGAGUUUGAACCCACGCUGUCAAGUAAGGGCUCAACACAUUUCCACCAUUGUAGUAAAAGGCAACUUGCGUGCAACAUCCACGCCAUUUGGAGGUUUACAAUUAGUCACUUGGCUCAGCUGAAGUUUAUUUUACCUGAGGUUAUUGAGAUUACGAAAGUGCUUGUUAAGGAUGGGAGAACCAUUGAUAUAAAGCCGGAUAUACGUGUCACCAUGAAUGUUGAUGCAGUGGAGAAUGAUGACAAGUUGAAAUAUGAAGUCAGAAUAUGGGUUUUGUGCUUUCAGGGUUAUGAAAUUCUAGAAGAAACUCUACCCCAACCAUUCAAUUGUGCAGAGCAAUAUAUGCAUCCAGAUACGAUUAAGUGUUCCUUAUCAUCAUCUCCCAAUUCAUUGACUAGUGUACACACAGUUGAGCAACCAGAAGCAUUUAAAACCUCCCUUCAAGGCAAUGCAACUACAGAUGAAACACAUUCAACUCCAUCUGAACAAUCAAAAGAGGAUUUGAAUUCAAAUAUAAGUGAAAUUCCUGAUCCGUCAUUGCCCACUGAGACAUCAUUUGAAGCACCAAUAGAGCAGCUACCAUUUUUCGGCGAGUUCUACAGCUUUCGAGCCAUUUUCCAGCCACCUCGGGCCAUAACCGAGGAAACCAAAGGUGCAAUUGUUUAUGGCGUUUAUGUCCUCUUUAGUUUGCAUGGCUUUUUGACGGUGAAGUAUCUAUGA